AUGGAGAAGAGCAUUCAGAAGCUUGAUUUGAGGCCUGGUGGUGCUUCUUCUUUGCUUCAAAUCAAUGACCUCAAGAACUCACCUGGACCUGUCAAGAAGGAGCUUAGAAUUGCCACAAAGCAAGCUGUUGGGCUUCUGCAGGACAAUUACCCUGAGUUAGUCGCCAAAAAUAUUUUCAUUAAUGUUCCAUUCUGGUACUAUGCACUCAAUGCCCUAUUAUCUCCUUUCUUGACUCAAAGAACCAAGAGCAAGUUUGUGGUUGCUCGCCCAGCUAAGGUCACUGAGACCCUUCUCAAGUACAUUCCAGCUCAGGAGAUACCAUCUCAAUAUGGUGGCUUCAAAAGGGACAAUGACACUGAGUUCUCCUCUGAAGAUUGUGCUGUUUCUGAACUAAUUCUUAGGGCUGGAUCCACUGGAACCAUUCAGAUAGAUGCAGCUGAGGCUGAUAACACAUUAGUCUGGGACCUGACUGUUUUGGGCUGGGAAGUGAAUUACAAGGAGGAGUUUGUUCCUACUGAUGAGGGCUCUUACACCAUUAUUGUUCAGAAGAGAAAGAAAAUAGGCUCCAAUAAUGAAGGGCCUAUCCGCAACACUUUCAGAAGCAAUGAACCAGGGAAGGUUGUUCUUACAAUUGAGAACACUUCAAGCAAGAAGAAGAGGGUUCUGUACCGGUACAAGGCGAAGAAGUGCUCCACCUUCUGA